GUCAAACUGGGUAUGACUGUUUUAAAUUGACUGUACCUAUAGAGUUUUCGAAAUAUCUAUUGAUACAAUAUAUGAGUGAUAAAUUACUCCAUCUCGAAGAAUCAUUUCGUAAUAAUACUUCUGUAUCCAUCAAUGAUGGUAAUAUUAAUAAUGGUGACUCUCCUUUAAAUCAAAAUUCCCACUAUUCGUCACGGAGUUAUUCUAACGAUCAUGGUUCAGAAUCUGCAUUGUUGGAGGAUCGUGACCGGGAUUUCGUUACUAAACCAGUAGUAACAAGACCCACAUUAGGUGACAAGCGUAACAGUACUGCAACUGGAAGUAGUAGCAGCGGCAUUGGUACAAUGCCAGGGGGGAAUAAUCGCACUGGAUCCAACAUCAUAGCUUUAAGUGGCUACGAGAAAGACAAAUUUUCACUAACUUCUCGUGAAAGCGAGAAACAACUAAAAAUGCCCGUUGUUACUCAAGAUCAUUCAAAUGACAGUCAGAAUAAAUCUAGAGAAUUAUACCGUACUCAACUAACCGAUUCACAAUUAAUGAGACGUAAAACAUACGGAAAUGCACGUUCUAGCAGUCCUACAGUUAGUACAGAUACCAACUCCGAAACUCAUGUUCCAAAUGAAAAUUGUAAUGAUCAGUCUGCCUUAUCAAGGUCUAGGAAACGUGCAAGAAGUGAAGUCCCUAGGAUGGGAUCUACUGGUUCAAAUAAUUUAUCAUCGAAUCCUUUACUCAGAUCGGUUAAUGAUGACCAAGAAGACAGUGAAGACGGCGAGCGAGUUGCUUUGAAUAAGGGUAAUUCACGCUCAGAUAUUGAAGAAGAUGGAUUUCAUACUGGAAAUGAUUUCGACGUAGGCAUUCGUGGUAGACACCGCCGUCAAACGUAUCAACUAAACAACCGUCAGAGAGACUCAUCUCUAGGUCGGUAUACACGAUCGACAGCGUAUGGUUCUGCAGGAGGCACAUUGCCUCGUCGGCAGCGUAUGACAGGGAGUCUAACUCGGGCUACCACAAUCAGUGGUGUUGAUCCACAUGGUACUUUAAGGUCAGCAUGUAGGCUUGCUCACUCUAUUCGUGCUGGCAUUAUUCCACCCCCACCAUCAGAGCCUCCUCCUGCUACACCACUCUCUGGUUCGUUGAUAUCUGAAUUAGAAUCUAUUGGACCAAAUGCAGUUACUGGUUUACUAGAUCCAUUCGCAUUACAGCUGCAUAGUUCACAACAACAACAACAACAGGCUUUAGCAGCAGCUGUUGCAGCAGCCGGUGGAUUUCCACAAGUCUUAUCAGGUGUCAAUCAGAAUAAUCUAACCAAUUCUUAUAUGCUUAGUCCUGCUUUAUUGAAUGCUGAGACUAAUAAAUUACUUCAAUUACAACAAGCUAAACUAAUAGCUCAACACCAAGUUGGUUUGGUGGAACAACAAUUACGUCAGCAACAGCAGCAACAACAACAACAGCAACAACUUCUAGCUGCUGCUGUGGCUGCCAACAGUUUAAUGCGAAAUCCCACAGUAAAUGGUCAUACUCUAUCAAAUGGAUCAUAUCUUCAAGGUUUCGGUACGUAUGGUCGUACAUCACGACCUGGUUCGACCAUCCCACCUUCUAUGCAGUCAUAUUUAUCCCCAGGAAACUUAUUAGCUGUUCAGCAGCAACAGCAAUUAGAAGCAAAUCAAUUAUUAUUAUUAAACGAUGCAAAUGUACAAAUGUCGACAUUGAAUUUUACCGGCUCUCCAUCUGUGAAUCUAUUGAAUUCAGAAUUAAAUGACGCAGCCAGUAUAAGCAAAUCAUCCGCAGACUGUGGUGGAGGAGGUGGAGGAUCAGGUUCAGUGGUUUAUGAAAACUCCUACAGCUCAUUCAAUAAACUUUUGACAAACAGUGUUCUGCCUGACUCAUCUCUAUGUCAACCCGGUUUACAAUCAUUUAUUUCUACUAAUGGAUCAAAUCCGAAUGAUGCAAUUUAUAUAGGGCAUUCACAAAAUGUAUCAAUCAUGAAUGGUACGAUUGGGCAUGAUAAUAACACAGCUCCUCCACUAGUCCAAACGUUUAUAUCUUCCGUACAACAAUCACAGCAACAACAGGGUCGUUCAAAUAAUUCCGGGCUAAUUGACUCUACUAGAAGUAUUGAACCAACUUAUUCCACUACAAAUGAUGCUUUACGUGCCAAAUCAAAGUCUCAUUCAGAUUCAGUGGUUGUUGUUGAAAGAAAAUCUAAACGCCAUUGUCCAUGGUAUUACUGGAUUAUUAGUAUAUUGAUAUUAGCCUUCCUUCUCGCACUUGUACUGGCUGUAUCCUUUUCAGAGGAGAAGAAACGUUUAGACCAUCGGUUACAAGAACGAUUCGCUCAAGAUCCUGCGAUUAUAGGUCUUUUUGAUCCUAACUCACCUCCAUAUAUUUUAGAAGCAAAUAAGCCUGUAAAUAUUGUUCUAGAGCCAAUGAAAUCAUGGUCAGGUCAAUGGCAUAUGCCCACAGCGCGUUAUAUACGCUAUAAUAUUACAGUAUCUUCGUUAGCCUCAUCAGUUGGUGUAUUUAUGCGUCACAACACAAUGCCAACCAUUAUACAUUAUGAUAUAUUCGAUAGGAUAACUGGACAUAAUUUGUUAGUAAAUUCUGGUCGACAAGAAUUAGGCAGUCGUACAAAGCGUGCCACUCAAUCAACUAAUCGAAAUUCAAAGUCUUUAAUUCAUAUAGGUUCUAAAGAUGAAUUACGUGAAACUGGGCGUUUGCAUUAUUUAGAUGAAGGGAUAUGGUUUCUGGCUUUGGUUAACGAUCAACCUCGACGUGAACCAAUCAAAUUUGCUAUCGGUGAUGCAGUAAUGCGACGAGGUUGUCCAAAUGAUUGCAGUAAUCGUGGUGUGUGCGAUGGUGGUGUUUGUGAUUGUGUGAAUGGAUUCAAAGGUCCAGAUUGUUCAAUAGCUGAGUUACCAAAAGUUUGCAGUGGGCAUGGUGAUUACUCAUCUGGUGCUUGUCGAUGUUAUCCUGAAUGGAAAGGUCAAGAGUGUCAGACAUUAUGGUCUGAAUGUGAAGAUCCUACCUGUUCAGGUAAUGGUCGUUGUGUUGUUGGUGAAUGUCAGUGUUAUGAAGGUUAUGCUGGGAAUUUGUGCCAGACACGAACGUGUAUCUCUUUCAAUUGUUCUGGUCAUGGAGUUUGCAUGAAUGGAAAUUGUCGAUGCUUCAAUGGUUGGUCUGGUAUCGGUUGUGAGCUACCUGUACCUAAUCAUUUAAUAAAUUCUGAACUAAUUCAUCCGUCUAAUGGAGCAUCUACAUCUGGUAACACGGGUAAUGGAAAUAAUAAUAAUAAUAAUAAUAAUAAUAAUAAUAAUAAUAAUAAUAAUAAUAACAAAAUGUUUAACCGAUUAAUGAUGAAGUCGCUGUCUUCUCCUUCUUCAUCGUCUGUACGAGCGAUGGGAUUAUCAUCCGCACCUGUUAGGUUGUUGUUGGAUGCAGCAUCAGAACAAGAAUGCACACUUGACUGUAGUUUUCACGGUGUAUGUGAAUAUAUGGAUGGUUAUGAUCAGCCUGUAUGCCGAUGCUUUUCUGGUUGGACAGGUUCCGAUUGUACUACAAAACGAUGCGAUACUCGUUGUUUUAUAAAUGGACAUUGUACUAAUGGUACAUGUAUUUGUAAAGUCGGUUGGAAUGGAAAAUACUGUACAUUAGAUGGUUGCCCAGAUCAUUGUAAUGGACACGGUCAAUGCAUCAUGAAUACAUUGACUAAUUUUUAUUAUUGUCAAUGUUCUCCUGGUUGGUCAGGUAGUGCGUGUCAACGACAAAUCGAAACAAUAUGUGAUGAUGGAAUAGAUAAUGAUCAUGAUGAUCUUGUUGAUUGUUUAGAUCCUGAUUGCUGUACAUCGACACAUUGUGACCGACUCAUUAAACUUGGUCCAAAUGCUGGUGGUCUAGCUGCUGAUAACGCUCAACAAAAAUUCCUUCUAAGACGUGAACGUAUUGUUGUAGAGAACUUCGAUCCCAGACGUAUUUCCGUUGUUCGUGGUGUGGUUCGUCAGUGGGAUGGAACUGUAUUUUGGGGUUGUCGUGUAUCCGAUCGAGCUAAUAUGCAAAAUGGAUAUACACUAACUGAUAAAAAUGGAAGAUUUGACUUACCAGUUGAUGGGGAACAAUUGUUCAGUUAG